AUGACCAUGGAAAGUCGGUUGUCCGCUCUCAUUCGCCGCCAAGAAGUCGCCCAACUGGGAAUUGGAGAAAUCAAAACAACGGAAUUUUCCAAGAUUGGGCCUCAGCACCAGGGUCCAGACGUCCAUCUCGGCGACGAAACGUUUCACUCAGAUGAUGACGGCAAAAUUGAGGAAGAUAUUUCGCUCCCCACCAGCAGUCGAAACAUAAUAGGAAAGAUGAGUUGGUUCUGGGUAUGCCAGAUCGAUGUGGUUCCUGGAUAUGUAGCGACCCCGUGGACGUCCCAGUUCUCGACAGAAUUCUGCGUUGGAGCAAUUACGGUUAUUCUCGAAGCAAUCGGGAUCCUCACGGACUACUCCCAACCAGUCUAUCUCGACAAAUCUUGUCACCCCCGUGGCCUGGAUUGGAUGAAAAGUAAUCUAUCAACAUUUCCUCCCUAUGGAGUCAGCGCAAAUCACCAUCAUGGCACUGUGAUAAGUGGUUGUUACAGCACGGCAUUCUUCUCUGCAUUUCGGGCGCCGCUUUUUCAGAUUGAGCUUCUCCGUCAUUAUGGCUUUCAAGUUGAUCGUCAUCAGCCCUCCGAUGCCGCAAAUCUUCGCUCUCGGCUAACAGAGCUGAUGGCUAUCGACUCUUGGCUUUCUUACUGUGGUCGACAACCCGAAAUAUGUGGACAUGGUCCACCCUCUGAUCCUAACAUUGUAGUGGUCGGAGUUGGCGAUCUGCUUUACACCAUGCCCAAACUUAUUGAACGGACUAUGGAAAGCUUUAAAUUCGAGUUUGAGAAUCUUGAACGGACUGCGAUUGAUGGUGGCCAGCAAAUUGUCCAGCAAAUAGCCGAGAAUCUUCUCGAUACUCUAGGGUGGAAGGUGGAAGGUCUCAGCCCAGCUGAGAAACUUUUUGCGCUUGUGGCAAUGUUACGGGCAUCAAAGAUGGCGCUAUCUAUUGUUCAGGGCACUGAUACGUCAAUAUUGAGAGAUAUAUUGCUCAAUGAUGUGCAGGUCCAUCUAGUCUAG